UUAGCGAUUCCCCGAUUAUUGCGUAUUGCACGGAUUUGUAGUGCGUUCGGUGCGAGGUUUGCCGAUGGAUACAUUGCGAUAAGACCCGCGCGAUAAUUACAUACUGAGUGAAUGUCAGCCAUAUGUGAACUUCCAUGUAAUCUGCAAAUGAGUUUGUUAGCAAAAACAAUGGAAAUAUCGGUAGCUGGCAAAUAUACUUGAAGUUCAAGUUUGCAGAGGAAUGCUAUUUUUCCUUUAGGAUAACGUGUGCGUGUCAUAUGAUCCUCCCGGUUCCUGCUACAAUUUCCGGCGAAUUACAAGAUUUGCGCCAAUGCAACUAAAUAAAUUGAAUUACAAUUAGUAUAAUUUAAUCCGGCGAUUAUUUCGGAUUCGGACGGGCUUCGGGCCACUUUAUUCCAUCUUCUGUCGGAGAGUAAAUUUUACUUUUACAAGUUUUCGGAUUUGGACUUGCAACCGGCGAAAAAAUGAAAUUUAAAUUGUGGCUAUCCGCGAAAAUUGCGGUCAUCCUCCAGACUGCAGCCUGGAUAAUUACGUCGGCACUGGAAAAAGUCCUCUUUGGUGUGGGGGAGCACAUUUACGGCAAGCGUCGGAAAAAUUUGUCGGAUUGCGAGGACGAUGGAAUUAUUCAUCGUCGGCGUACAGUCACCAAUUCUGACCAGAAAUUACGGAUGGUCUUUCCUGAUACGGUUUUUGACGUGUUAUAUUUUGGAAAGCAGAUGUCUGAUAACGGUCCUUGUGUUGGCUACCGGCCCAGCAAGGAUGCCGCAUACGUGUAUCUCUCCUAUGAAGAACUGCUUCAACGGGCACGUGAUUUCGGUGCGGGAUUGUUGGCGUUGGGUGGUCGUACGGAGAAUGACUGCCUGGUGGGAUUGUUUGCCAAGACCUGUCUAGAGUGGACCGUGGCGGAGUAUGGAUGCCUGGCGUACGGUAUGAUCACCGCGCCGCUGUACGAAUCACUGGGCAGCGACUCCUGCUUCCAGGUCGUCGAAUUCUAUGAGAUCGAAAUAAUGUUUUGCGGUGGGGAUACUCAAGUCAGAGCGCUGAUGGGUAAAGGUCAGUUUCCUACCAAUCUGCGUACCAUUAUCACCAUCGAGCCACUGCCAGAUAAUCGCGUCAUUGAAAUCGAAAGCCUUGGCGUCAAAGUCCUAACCAUGGCCGCCGUCGAGGAGCUGGGACGAUUGAAUCCGCGACCAAUCCAGCCGUCAAAACCGGAUGAGCUUGCUACGCUCAUCUUAACGAGCGGAACCACGGGAAUGGCCAAAGGAGUGAUGAUUACACACCGAGAAAUGAUAUUGUGCAUGAAAUCCCUUCUGUCUACGUUAGUACCACAUCGGUUUACUCCCGAUGAUGCCGCUCUGGGUUUUCUACCGUUGCCCCAUGUGUUUGAGCGCAUGAUCGAAAAGAUCAUUCUUAUCCAUGGCGGCCGAGUGGGUUACAUCAGCGGAGAUAUGACAACGCUGUUCAAGGACGCUCGCGAUGUCAAACCGACCUUUUUCCCCUUUGUUCCCCGUCUCAUGACGCGCUUCUACGACCAAAUCCAGACGGAUCUCAGCCGGUCACCGUGGCGCUUUUUCCUGGCCAAGGUGGCGUUGGCCUUCAAGAAACUGGAGAUGCAGCGCGGGGUGUUUCGAAAUGACUCCAUCUGGGAUCGGCUGAUUUUCAAACGCUUUCAGAAUAUGCUCGGCGGGAAGGUGCGAGCGGGUGUCACCGGGUCGGCCGCCACGGACGGAGAGAUUCUGAAUUUUGCACGGGCCGUUUUCGGGUGCUAUAUUUUUGAAGUAUACGGCCAGUCGGAAUGUUGUGGUCCCAUCACGUGUACCCCGUACGGUGUGGUCUCAACCGACCAUGUGGGAGUGCCCUUUUUCGGGGUGGAGGUCAAGUUGGUAGAUGUACCGGAAAUGGGAUACUUUGCCGCGGACGGUAAAGGCGAAGUGUGUGCGCGAUCCGAUUUCACCAUGGAUGGAUACUUUAAGAUGCCGGAGAAAACAGCCGAGGCCAUUGAUAAGGACCGAUGGCUACAUACCGGCGACAUUGGAAUGUGGCUGCCGAACGGGAAUCUCAAAAUCUUUGACCGUAAAAAACACAUCUUUAAGUUAAGUCAAGGCGAGUAUCUGGCGCCGGAGCGUCUGGAGAGCAUUUUCGCACGAUCCAAUCUGCUAAUCAACGUUUUCGUCGAUGGCGACAGUAAAUACCCGUACUGUGUGGGCUUGAUCUAUCCGAAUUACGACGCACUGGGUGGUCCCAAAGAUAAGAUUCCGGUGGAUGUGGUGAACAAGACGAUCAUGGAGGAAUUGCAGCGCGUGGGCAAAGAAGCCAAACUGAAGUCAUACGAGAUUCCUAGGAAAAUCUGCAUCUUAGACGAGCCGUUCACAGAGGAGAAUGGUUGUGUGACGGGUUCACAGAAGACCCGGCGGGAGGGUGUACGAACGAGAUACCGUGACAAGAUCGCCGCGCUUUACAAGGAAACUGAUGGGAAACAAUCGAAUGGCAACGGGAAAAUUGUUUCGUAAAAUAUAUUGUUUACCUAGUCUUGAUACAGUUGCAUACUGCACCCGCGUAUCCGGGGUGGCUUUGACAUACCUGAGAUUGGAAUAGUGUCUUUCUUCUGCGACUAUAUACUGUCGAAUUUCUGUAGUCAGAUGCGCACUCUGAGCUUUUGGAUUUUGUCUUUUUGAUAUUCAGCUCACUGAUUCGGUCGUUGCGCCACGUAGCAGUAUUAUUGCUGUAUCACUUUUAUGACAAAAAUAUUUAAGUACGAUAAAUAUUAAAUACAAU